AUGGUGGGAAUGGUUGUAGGGGCUAGUCUCGAAGUCCCUCGAGAUGCAAAGAACGCCCCGAGCGAUCCACUUGGGGCAAUAGAAAUUGGAGGCUCCCCGAUGCUUCCCUCAUUUUCCGAGGAGAUGAUUCAAGAGGCUCGGGCCUUGAAGACCCUCUCUAUCGAAGGGGUCCACGGAAGGGAGGAUCUUUUUCGUCUCGAGGAAGGACCCGGGCGAGGCCUUGAGCCUCUUCAACGAAGCACAUCAAGCUCUGAAUCGGCGCUUCAUCGGGAAGCAUUUUCUCGAUCUCGAGCUGAGCUGAGUCGAGAAGAGGAAAUCAAGGACCUCCAAGCCGAGUUGGCCAAAGCUCACCAAGAUCAGUCCGACCUGAUCGAGCAGCUGCAACAGAAGAUCGAGGUGAUCGGGCAGCUCCGCGAUAAGGUCGAUAUGAUGAAGGCGGAGACCUUGGGUUGGAAGGAAAGUAUGGAUCGCUUUGCUGCAGAAAAAGAAACUGCUUUAUCCCAAUUGUCAUCGGUCGAAAGUCUGCUUCGAGGCAUGAAAGAGAAGAGCUCGGCUCAGGAAGGAAAAAUAGCAGAGCUCGAAGCUCGGUUGGCUUAUGAACUUGAGAAGGCCAAAUCUGAACCCGAAAAGGCUAAAGCUGAGGCUGAUGCGAUCGUGGCCGUCUACCGAGCCGAUGCCGAAGCAGCUCAAGUACAAGCGAGAAAAGCAGCCGAGACCACUAAAACUCGAGCAUAUUAG